AUGAACUUUAGAAGUUUGGGAUUGGUACAAAGGGGUUUUUCUCCCGUGGUGAGGUUACAGCAGCAACAGAUAAGAAAUCUUGUUGUAUACAGGAGCUCCAAAUCGAAGGGUGGAAUCCGUAACCCUGAUGACUACUUGACUUCGGGUUCUCGCAAGUAUGAGCUCAAUGAGGACAAUUUAAAGCACAUCAAAGGCUACUUGUCGAGCAUAGAAAGUGGCAAAUAUCAGUUGCCUGACAGACUUCUACUCCAGGUGAUAACCCACAAGUCGUUUGCACACGGUAAGCUUCCAUACAACGAGAAGCUCUCCAUAUUGGGAUACAGUCUGUUCAGCAUGACGACUGCAAAAUUUGCCCUGCAUAUAGCGGAGGUUUCCAAAGCCAGAGAUGUGGUGGAUGUGGUGAACUCUACUGGGUUUAAGUUGUUGAACCGCAACUCGAUGUUGGACGUUUUCUCCAGUCUCACGGGAUUGGCGAAGGUUGUUUUCUGGAAGAACCCUGAGCCCCUCAACCUGGAUGGUGCCAGUGCGCUGAACAAAACGGUGGAAAGAAACACCGUGCUCGCUCUCAUAGGAGCCAUCAUCUCGCAGCAUGGCACCAAGAGUGCCGAAGAGUUCGUCAUCAACGAGGUCAUACAACAGGCAGUCAAGAGCGACUACUUCCAGCCUCUUGAGUCUACUGCAUAG